GUAGGAGAAAAUUUUUUUGGAAAGGUGAGCAAGAGAGAGAAGCCAAGCAAACCAAACCCCAAGGGCAAGACGCGGACGGCAGCAGCCAUGCCGCGGUCGCCGUCGCAGGAGAGGCACCAGCCCGUGCGCCGGAGGGGAGGCUCCUCCCAGAUGCUGCUGCACCACCAUCACCGCCGCCGCUCGCCGUCGCCGCCGCCCCGCCGCUCGCUCCGCCCGCGCCGCGCCGCCUCCUCCCGCCCGCUCGUCGACGACUUCUUCCCCUUCCCCUCCUCGCCCUCCUCGUCGCCGUCCCGCCCCCGCCAGCGGAGGCCGUCGCCGGAGCCGUCCAUCUCCGACUCCGGCGCCGGCUCCUCGGCCUCCGACGGCUGCCGGCGCAAGCUCAAGCUCGUCGUCAAGCUCUCCCAGCUCCCCCCGGACCAGCACCACCGCCGUGCCCCGCCUCCACUCUCGUACUCGAACGACUCCGACGGGGAGGAGCUGGUGGGCGGGGGCGGCAGCGGCGAUGAGGUCAAGCCGCCCAAGAAGCGCCGGAUCGAGCCGCGAGGCGACAGAUCUCGCCAUCGCGAGGUUGGCUGUGGGAGGAGCGACGCCGCGAGCGCGCCACGGACGAAGCGGCUCCCGGUGCCAGGGACCGCGAGGACGACGCCGCUGCCGGACCAGAAGGCGCUGGAGAUGAUUCUCGACAAGCUGCAGAAGAAGGAUACGUACGGAGUGUUUGCGGAGCCAGUGGAUCUGGAGGAGUUGCCUGACUACCAUGACGUGAUUGAGCACCCAAUGGAUUUUGGUACCGUCAGGAGGAAGCUUGCUAGGAAUGCUUAUCGCUCAUUCGAACAAUUUGAGGAUGAUGUCUUCUUAAUUUGCAGCAACGCAAUGCAGUACAAUGCACCUGAUACAAUUUACUUCAGACAGGCCCAUUCCAUACAAGAGCUGGCAAGAAAGAAGUUUCAGGAACUGAGGGAUGAGGGCAUACCUACAGAAAACCAGAUAAAGAGUGAACAGAAAGUUAGACCAAACUCUUGCAAUAGGGAACCCGUUAAGAAGCCUGUUUUGAGGUAUUCAGAUGAUGAUCUAGGCUUCCUGUCCCGCAAAGAGCAAGUUAAGAGACACAAUUUAAAAAAUUCGGAAGAUGAUAUAAGCUUCAAAGAUAAAGUUAAGAAACCCAUGGCCAGGAAUUCACAGGAUGAAAGUUCCUUUUUCAACAAAGAGCGAGUUAAGAAACCCAUCUCCAGAAAUUCAGAGGAUGAUUUAAGUUCCUCAGUCCACAAAGAGCAAGCUAAGAAACUCAUCUCCAGAAAUUCAGAGGAUGACCUGAGCUCCUCAUUCGGUAAAGAGCAAGUUAGGAAAGUCAUUUCCAGACAUUCAGAAAAUGAUGAAAACUCAUCUUUCCACAAACAUCAAGUCAAGAAGCCUACUUCCCAGAGUUCAAAAGAUGACUUCUCAUCCCAGAGAAAACACAUUAGGAAGCCAAUUUGCAUAAAUAGAGAAGAUUCAGAUUUCUCAUCCCGCAAAGAGCCAGUUGAGAAUCCUGUUUGCACAAAUGUUGAAAAUGCAGGCUUCUUAUCCACAAAAAGGCUGGCUGAGAAGCCCAUUAGUAGAAACAGAGAAGACCAGGGCCAUUGCCGCCAGGAGUCGUCUGAGAAACCAAGUUGCAGAGAUGGGAAAGAUGAUCUAGGUUACUCAUGCAACGAAGAUGCUGUUAAGAAGCCAGUUUGUAUGAAUAGCCAUGAUGCCCUGGGUUCAGAUGUCUCUGCUGCAACCAUUGCUUCCGCAGGAGAUGGCUGUAAUGGUUUAAGCAUGUCACAGGCUAAUGCUACUGAACCUGUAGGUUGUACUGUAGCCAAUGAGUUUUUGGACAAAGAUAUCACCUCUCCACUCGAUGAGAUCAGAUCUGAGAAGACCGACGAUAUUUUGGCCAAGCCUAGCUACAAGUCAGUUGUGGUAGAUGAGACUAGACGGAAUACUUAUGAUAUAUACAAAGAACAGCCUUCGUUGGAAUGUGACCCAGUUUUUGACGUUUUCUCUGCAGAACCAAAAGAGCUCAUUAAUGUUGGAUUUCAUGCUGAGCACUCGUAUGCAUAUGCAAGAAGUCUGGCUCGCUUUGCUGGUUCGCUUGGUGCUCAAGGCUGGAGGAUUGCUUCUGAGCGCAUUCGGCAAGCGUUACCUUCUGAAGUAAAGUAUGGCCAUGGUUGGGUUGGAGAAUACGAGCCUCCAUUACCAUCUGUUCUUGUUGUGAAUGAUCAAUCUAGAUAUCUGAAGAGCUCUGAGGCAAAUGUACGAAGGAAUACUUCUCUGCCUAGAGAUAAUGACAGGCGCAGACCAACAGAAAGUAAUAAUCCAAAGGAUAGGAGUUUGAGUCUACUUAACCGGAUAACAACUAGCAAUAAUGUAGUUGGAGUGCCUGGGCCACUUGAGUCUCCAGAAUAUAAGCCAAGAUUAUUUGGUGUCACUGCUGAGCCCCAACACAGGAGCACUGACGCAUUAUCACCACACGAGAAUCAUAGUAUGUCUGGUAAUGUUGCAAAGACCAAAAGAACAACCAAUGAGAAAAUGAGAAAAGGCAGCUCAUCCUCCAGUGCCCGCACUCAUGAAAUGCAACCACAGAAGUCCGAGUGUUCAAAAGGAGCUUCUUCUGGUGUGCUUGAUAUGCUUGCCUUGGACAAAAUGGCUGGCCAGCCUAGACCAUUUUUCCAUCCACCAGAAUCAACUAGAACUCAGCAAAUGGGAAAAAUUGACUCAUCAAAAAGCAAUAUCCCUAUUGAAAUGGCACCACAGCAGAUUGAGUGCCUGAAAGGUGCUUCUGGUGUGCAUGAUAUGCCUUCCUCAAAUGGGCUGCCUAAACCCUUCUUCCAGACACCAGAAGUAACUGUACCACAGCCUAAAAAUGAAGCAACGUGGGUGUACCAUGGCCGACCUGGUGAUGGAAAGGUUGGAGCAUCCAACAAAAGCAGACCAUCGACUAGUGUUGGAUUCAUGUCUAAAAAUCAAGCAGUAAAUGCUGCAAAUUUCGCCAUGAAUGUGAGCGGACAAAAGAAUAUCAGUGACCAUGCAAAAUCAGUGGGAUCAACUGCAAUACCUGGCCAGGCAAAUAUACCAAACAGAGGUCUUGAUGCUCCCCGGAACAUUUUCUCAGCAUUUCCAGCAGCUGUUAGGGAGAACCAGAGCAUUCCAUCUGCUCCAGUGGUUCAAUCUUGGAUCUCAUUUGGUGCUCCUUCAGAGAACAAACCAGCCAUUGUCCCGACUUUCCUUGACAGUAAUUCUUGUUGGAAGAUGCCAUUUGCAAAUGCCCGUCCUUCUGAUGAUGCUAAGAUAAAUGAUGUCCCUCAGUUCUUUAGGCAACCUGUUCAGGUGGUUAGAGAAAGCCCAGCUCAAAACAAGGGUUUGGUAAUAUUUCCCCAGUUGGUCCAGACAGAUUUCUCGAGAUCACAGGGCCAACCACAAUGGCAAGGGCUGGUUCCCCACAUGCAACAGAAGCCAAGUAAGGAUGUACUCCGUCCAGACUUGAACAUUGGGUUCCCGUCUCCAGGUUCACCACCAGCUCGACAGUCUUCUGGCAUCAAUUUGGAAGCACAACAACCAGACCUUGCGUUGCAGCUAUGAGCUGGAAACAGACAAUGAGGAAAUGUGACUACUAGGCUGUAUGUCAAUAACACUAAGCAUGCAAAGACAUGCGGAGCUUGGGCGCAAAACAGGGCGAAAGCAUCAUUGGGACAUCCGAUACAUGGACCGGCGACAAUGAUAGGGAUGGGAAUGCAUAUGCCACAUGGCAUAAUCGCGGUUCAUCAACUGAUCCCACCGCCGCGCAAAGAUAUGAGAAAAUGGAUGGAUGAACACUGUCUGGAAUCAAAUCUUGCCUAUUGGGGGGCAUGUUGACCGGAGUUCAGAAUCCAGCAUUUGAAGAAAUGCUUUGGUGGCAUAUCUGUAGGUAGCAUACUAGCAUGCCGGUGAACCAGAUACUUGGCGCGCUUCUCUGACCACACUACAGCUUUCUUCGGUGGAAAUUUUUGCACCAGACUUUAGGAGAUAUUGUUUGUUCAGUAGUGUAGGUUCGGUGUUCACUCCUAUGUAAUGCCCAUGUCACAAUGUAUGUUGGUUGUAAAUGGUUGAGCAAUGAAUAGAUCGUUAGAGCA